AUGUCUAUGGUGUCCAGUCGCGGUUCGAGCUACUCCGAGAGCUUCGACGAGCGACAAUCGAAAAGUCUCAGUGGGAUGUGGCAUCCCGAGAAAACCCCCGUUACCAUGACAAGCCUUGAUCUGACGCCUGAGCUUCACCGACGUGACUCCAUGUCGACAGAAGCCUCCAACUCCACCCUGGCAAUGGACGCACCUCACGAUGAGCUGGAUCCUAAGACUCCGACUUCGGACCAUGUGGCUGGUCCCAUGGAACAACUUCUCCAAUCCCUACUUCGAAAAGUCACCGAGGCCGAACGAAGUCGUCCAACGAUCAUGGCAGAGGACUACGCUAAGUUACAAGCUCGAGUCGAUGCUCUGGAAGGCGAAAAGAAGGCUUGGGAGUCCAGAUACCAGGCGUACUUUGAAGUGCGCGAUCAAGACCUGACCAACAUACUGAAAUUGCGUACCAUGCUCGCCGACGAGCGAAGAGAACAUACUGCAGUCAGGAAACUCCGAGAAGAAGAUCUGGAGAACCUUCUCUCGGUGCGCGAGAAGCUCGCCCAGGCCUUGUGGUCCAAGCCUCAACCUCAACGACCGACAUCAACUCUGCUCUCAGCUCGGCAGUCUCGCACAGAAGGCGAUGAUUUGUGGCAGGCGGCCAAGACUGCAGCGAUGGAGCACAGACUUCUGGAGCUAGAAGCGGCCAACAAGGAACUCCGCGAACAAGUGGCAACAGGCGGCUCAAGUGAUGCCAGCAAAAUGAUGAGUCGCAUGGAGAACAUGUUCGAGGAUGGCCUGAAGCAGCGGGAGAAGAUGGCUUCCAAGGUUCAACAACUAAGAUCCGAGAAAGAGGCUUUGCAGAAAGAGGUGGCAGUGCUGGAAGACCGGACCACCGAGUUAGAAGGUGUCAUAGAGAGGUUGCAAAGAAAUUGUGGCGUUUAG